AUGGUUCUUCGUCUUGGAAAUGAGGCUCCAAACUUCAAAGCAAAAACCACCAAAGGAGAUAUUGAUUUUCAUGAAUUUAUCGGUAGCUCUUGGGUAAUUUUAUUUUCUCAUCCAGCUGAUUUCACUCCAGUAUGUACCACAGAACUUGGUGAAGUUGCUCGCAGAGCAGCAGACUUUGAACAACGUAACGUUAAAGUUAUUGGAUUGUCAGCCAAUGAGUUAACUGAUCAUUUGAAAUGGAUUGAGGACGUCAACGAAGUUGGUAACGUAAAACUUGGUUUUCCAAUCAUUGCCGAUGCUGAUCGUAAAGUAUCAACUUUAUAUGACAUGUUGGAUUAUCAAGAUCCUACCAACAUUGAUAGCAAAGGAAUUCCAUUCACUGUUCGAAGUGUUUUCAUCAUCGAUCCAAAGAAAUCAAUUCGUGCAAUCAUCACAUAUCCUGCAUCAACUGGUCGUAACUUUGAUGAAAUAAUUCGUGUAAUUGAUUCACUUCAACUUGGUGAUAAACACCGUAUCACCACCCCUGCCAAUUGGAAAAAAGGAGAUGAUGUUAUUGUUCAUCCAGGUGUCAGUAAUGAAGAAGCUGAUAAAUUAUUCCCUGGCUAUAGAACCCAAAAAUAUGACACCAAAUUGUGUGCAAUCACAAAUUCACAAAGACAAUUAUCGGACAGACAACAAGAACUUUAUUUUAUUCCAAUAUUUUAA